AUGUUCCUACGCCAACUUUUGAUCUGUAUCUUAUUGCUCAUAUCAGGUGCCAGAAGCAUCCGUGAUGCCGCUCUGCAAGUUCCGGGGGCGAUCAUCGCGGGCAAUCCUCUGAUCAUGUGGUGCCGUUUCGAUCUCGAGGGCGAGGCCCUCUAUUGUGUUAAAUGGUACAAAGAUAACUCGGAAUUCUAUCGAUACUGUCCGUGGAGCUCACCGACUCCGACUACCUACAACGUCGCUGGAGUUGAGGUGGAUAUAGUGCACUCGAACGAGAGUAUGGUUACAUUGGUCCGGUCGGACGUUCGGACCGAAGGAACGUACAGCUGUGAAGUAUCCACCGAAGGACCAGCAUAUAAAACCGUUUUGCUCGAGUCCGACGUGGUCACGUAUGUUAUGCCGAGCGGCGGCCCAGUUAUCGAUGGCCUACGGAAAAGGUACGACCUAGGAGAUACGAUUAAUGUGACCUGCCGUUCAGCACCGUCGAAACCUCCACCACGUCUUAAAUGGUACGUGAACAGCAAACGAGCGCCCAGUAAACUCACAGGCAAAACCCAGGUGAGCUCCAACCCGAUGACCGACGGCAUGGGUGUUCAAGCCGUGGGCUUGAACCUGAAGAUGCCCAUCACAUCCGAGGACCUACGGAAUAAGAUCAUCAAGCUGCAGUGCGUUUCGACGAUUUAUAAGAACCUCUCGGAAAAAUAUGACGAGAUCAUGUACCAUCCAUAUCUAAAUCGAACGUUGCUGCCGGACCCCGAGGGACCCCGGAUUAAUGGCGAGGAACUUUUGAACAUCUACGACAAGGCCCGAACAUCUGUCGAAUGGAAUUGCACGACCAAGGUGCACGACGCCAACGAGGCUUACCUUGAGUGGACAGUCAACGAUGAGGAAGCAACUCGCAAUAUGACCGUGCACCUGUCGAUAGCGCGGACUGGUCGCCAGAAAACCUACACUUCGAGACUCCGCAUGACCCUCGAGGAGAAGUUCGUGACUUCGAUGCGUCUCAAAGUUCGCUGUACCGUCGUAUACUCUCAACCCAUACAGUUCGUCAGCGAGGAGACGAUCUUCACGGCGGCGAGCACGUCGUUCCACAUUAUGAAGAUUUCGGAAGCGUCCCGAAUGACGAUCGCGCCAACUUUCCUUACCGUAGUUAUUAUUGGACUCGUUGUCUCCCACAUUGGCAAUCACUGAUUAUUAUCCAUUUCGGCGGUGAUGAAUACAACUCUUAUGGUCGUCAUCCAGUUAUUAUUAUUAUUAUCAUUAUCGAUAUUGAACGUAGUUAGUUUACUCUUUGAUUGCAAACUGACAUGCGGCCACAUUGGUCGGCCCACACAUACUGUUGAGGGGAACGAAAAUAAAAUAAAUCCAGUU